AUGGCCGGUGCGAACCUCCACCUCCGUCACUCAUACUCUAUCACUCAAUUCGUCCCAACAGUUUCUCCUCCUCCUCACCGAGUUCAGCUCGGAACUUCACCCUCUCGUGUCCUCUUCUCUAAUCUCCGAGCUAAUUCUCCAACCUUGCGAACCACUCACCGUUCACACACUGUCGCUUCCUCUUCCGUAUCCUCUCCCGUGGACUCUUCCUCCCCUUCGGAUUCGUUAGUGGGAAAGAUCCCUUUGCUUGAGGUUAAGGAUUUGAGAGCUGUGAUUGUUGAAACGAGGCAGGAGAUACUUAAAGGUGUAAACUUGGUUGUCUACGAAGGAGAGGUUCAUGCUGUGAUGGGGAAGAAUGGUUCAGGGAAGAGCACAUUCUCUAAGGUACUUGUUGGUCAUCCUGAUUAUGAAGUGACGGGAGGAAGUAUUGUAUUUAAAGGGCAGAAUCUGGUUGAUAUGGAGCCAGAGGAGAGAUCUCUUGCUGGUCUCUUCAUGAGUUUUCAGUCUCCAGUUGAGAUCCCUGGUGUUAGCAAUAUGGAUUUCUUGAAUAUGGCUUUCAAUGCUCGGAAAAGAAAGCUCGGUCAGCCUGAGCUUGAUCCAAUCCAGUUCUACAGCCACUUAGUAUCAAAACUUGAAGUUGUGAACAUGAAGACAGAUUUUCUGAACAGGAAUGUCAAUGAAGGGUUUAGUGGUGGUGAAAGGAAACGCAAUGAGAUUCUCCAGUUAGCGGUUCUUGGAGCCGAGUUGGCUAUACUAGACGAGAUUGAUUCAGGGUUGGAUGUUGAUGCUCUUCAAGAUGUGGCAAAGGCGGUGAAUGGUCUUUUGACACCAAAAAACUCUGUUCUGAUGAUAACACACUAUCAACGCCUACUUGACUACAUCAAACCAACUCUCAUACACAUCAUGGAGAAUGGAAGAAUCAUCAAAACCGGAGACAACUCCUUGGCAAAAUUACUGGAAAAGGAAGGCUACAAGGCGAUAUCCGGUUAG